UUGUAGUUGGAUACCAACCGCCGAUAAACAUCAAAGAAGACGAAGAAGUGAUUGCAUAUGUAGUUUUCACUUCUUGUGCCUGCGCAGAAGGACGUUAACGCAGCUGAGUUGCAUUGUGGCGUUAAAAAUUUUGGAGAUACAAGCAGCCAGGAGUAGCAGUGUUUUCUCACCCGUUGUGUUAUGGGAACAGGGUCAACAGCAGUGAGUCUGUUCCAGGUCUGAUCUGGAUUACUGGCUGGUUUGACUCAGAGACAAAACAACAGCCAUGGAAAUCCCUUUUAACGUUAGCAUCUAAAAACUGAAGCGGACGCUUGACAUUGAAAAGGGCUUUAUCAAUUUCUACGAAUACUUUGUUUUUUUUAUACUUCAGCACUGCCAAAGGUUCCAUCAUGGUGCAAAAGUAUCAGUCCCCUGUGAGGGUGUACAAACAUCCUUUUGAACUUGUCAUGGCAGCAUAUGAGAGGAGAUUUCCCACCUGUCAUCUGAUCCCCAUGUUUGUGGACAGUGAUGUGAUCAGUGAAGAGAACAGUGAAGAUGGUUCAUUUAAUAAGAUUGAGAGGAGGUGUAAACUUGAUGUGGAUGCACCAAGACUCCUUAAACGGAUUGCAGGUGUGGAUUAUGUCUACUUCAUUCAGAAAAACUCUCUGAAUCACAGAGAAAGAACUCUUUGUAUUGAAUCGCACAAUGAAACCUUCUCUAACAGAGUUGUCAUCCAUGAACUUUGCUGUUACUCGGUGAGUAAAAAUUGCCCUCAUUUGCCCUCUUAGCUUUAACCCUCUGGG